GUUGAGCCGUUUCUCAUGGGUCGAGACCAGCCCAGCGACAGCAUCGCACAGCAAGUCAAGGCGGCUUCCCGCACUGCUAAAGGCGUGAACCUCGUGCUGGAUUUCGUCGGAGUAACAAAGACUUUCGAAAUAGCUCAAAAGUCUCUUGAUUUGAAUGGACAGUACCUCGCCACGGGACUCCUUGGUGGCGAAGCACAGUUUCCGCUUGCCAAAUUGGUGCUUCGUGGCAUCACGAUGAAGGGAAUCAUCAUAGGCAGUCUGGUCCAGCUCAAGAGACUGGUUGAACUCGUGCUCAAGAUGCCGUUCAUAUAUGACAACCUGACGUACAGCGUUCAUUCGCUGGACGAUGGCAUCCAAAUCAUGGAGAAACUGGCCAAGGGACAGGUGGUUGGACGGGCCAUAUUGAAGUGUAACGAUGAUGAUGAGUAGGCUUCUGGCAAAUCCAAAAUUCAACUGAGGAAAAUGUGUAAAUGAAUUGGUAAUGACAGCAUUCUUUUUCGAGCGAGAUCGAACAUCCAAA